AUGCAUUCUUUCAUUUUGGAACAAUGUUUUUUUUUGUAUGCUUGCUUUUUUAAAAAAUUUAGACUUUCUAUCUAUCUGUCUCAAUUUAUCUAUCUAGCUCAGUCUGUUCUCAUCUAUCUAUCUAAAUCUGUUCUCAUCUAUCUAUCUAUCUAUCUAUCUAUCUAUCUAUCUAUCUAUCUAUCUCAACCUUCCAUUCAUUAUCUAUCUAUCUAUCUAUGUCAGUCUAUUCAUUAUCCAUCUAUCUUAGUUCGUUCAUUAUCCAUCUGUGUCAGUCCAUUCAUUAUCUAUCUAUCUAUGUCAGUCUAUUCAUUAUCCAUCUAUCUAUGUCAGUUCAUUCAUUAUCCAUCUAUCUUAGUUCAUUCAAUAUCCAUCUCUGUCAGUCCAUUCAUUAUCUAUCUAUCUAUCUAUCUAUGUCAGUCUAUUCAUAAUCCAUCUAUGUCAGUCUAUUCAUUAUCCAUCUAUGUUAGUCCAUUCAUUAUCUAUCUAUCUCUGUCCGUCUAUUCAUUAUCCAUCUAUCUAUGUCAGUCUAUUCAUUAUCCAUCUAUGCUAGUCCAUUCAUUAUCUAUCUAUCUAUCUAUGUCAGUCUAUUCAUUAUCCAUCUAUCUAUGUCAGUCUAUUCAUUAUCCAUCUAUGUUAGUUCAUUCAUUAUCUAUCUAUGUCAGUCUAUUCAUUAUCCAUCUAUCUAUGUCAGUCCAUUCAUUAUCCAUCUAUGUCAGUCCUUUCAUUAUCUAUCCAUUUAUCUAUGUCAGUUCAUUCAUUAUCUAUCCAUUUAUCUAUGUCAGUUCAUUCAUUAUCUAUCUAUUUAUUUAUCUAUAUAUGUCAGUUUAUUCAUUAUCCAUUUAUCUAUAUCAGUCCAUUCAUUAUCUAUGCCAGUUUAUUCAUUAUCUAUCUAUCUCAAUUAUUCAUCUGUUUCAUUUUGUCUUCUUUGCACUGCUCUCUCUCCCUCUCUCUCUCUCCCUCUCUCUCCCUCUCUCUCUCUCUAUGCAGAUCUGCUCUUCUCCUAUUAUCCUCUUCUUCUAUCCCAUUAGUUCACUACUGAGCCACGUGUCUCCUGGUUUGUGCUCUUAUUGCUUCGUGUUAAAUAACUGGUUCUCCCUUCUCUCUGUCACUCUCUCUUUCACUGUCACUGUCACUCACUCUCUCUCUCUCUCUCCCUCUCUCUCUCCCUCUCUCUCUCCCUCUCUCUCUCUCUCUCUGUCCCUUAAAUGA